GUCAACAGUGGGAGAAGCAAAAUCCACUGUUGAAGAAGGAACUUUUCGGUGUAUCAAAAGACGUGACAGACGCAGCAAACGCUAACCGGCAACCACAACAUAAUUUACGGGCUGAGGGUUUGCUGAACGGCGAGGGAAUGACCGGCAACAGUUUGGAAGUUAGCGGUGGAAGUCGCCAAGGUAGUUUUCGAUCAAGUUUCCGGCGACACGGUGCCAACACCCACGAACCUCGGUCCCGGGAAAUCGGGCAGCAGAACACAG